AUGAAUCAUACCGUGAUAUGGAUUUCUCAUGGAAAGCUUAUAUAUGGGAUCGUAGCUUACGGAAAACCACGUGGCUCCGCUCGUCUCUCCGUGAUCGUCGUAAGAAAUGGCAUGGGAAUCGCUUUAGUUCCUAUAAGGGCGAAAUCGCUCAUGACUGGCUUAACGCCACGCGGGUCCAACCCGCAAUCAGAGGCUCUAAUUGAGGCUCGAGAAGAAGCCUACAAGUUCAUUAUUGGUGUGUCCGGAUCACUCUCCGUUUUGUCCCUUCUUACAAUAUGUCUUAUUGUCCCCUCAAUGUACAAUAUGGUCGAUAAUAUUGGACAAUUUAGUAAACUUGACUUCGCCUAUUGUGAGGGUGCCAUGAGUGACAUGGAACAAGAGAUGAUCUCAAUUCGGGAGUCGUACCGAGAAUCCGGUGGUAACCGAACAAGUCGAGCUGCUAAUUACGGACACUAUAACCCUACAAUGUUCGCCAGCGAGUCUCCACAAUUCCAGGAAUGUCCUGCUUGCUGCGUUCCCGGAGAACGUGGUCCUAUGGGAGACCCCGGCCUGCCUGCACUCCCAGGUGCUCCAGGUCCUGAUGGAGCCCCAGGCCGGCCUGGAACAACCCCGAAUGCGUCGUGUAUUCCUGAACGAGUGUUUGAACCACCACCAUGUCUUCCCUGCCCACAAGGACCGAGGGGUGUAGCCGGACAUCCUGGAUUUCCAGGUGAUCCAGGAGAUCCUGGCAUUCCUGGGCGACCUGGUGCCGAUGGUCUUCCUGGUAAACAAGGAGAACCAGGACCUACAGGGCCUGCAGGUCCACCAGGAGAAUCUGGACCUACUGGGGACAAGGGAAGGACACCGGAAGCCCAUGUUAUUCCUGGACCUCCAGGGGACCCGGGACCACCAGGUCCAUGGGGGCCACCCGGAAGUCCUGGUAUGCCUGGUGAGGAUGGGUAUCCAGGAACGCCAGGUGAGAAAGGUUGGCCAGGACCACCGGGUGCUCCAGGACUAAUGGGACCACAAGGACCACCUGGACCAGGUGGUGAAGAGGGACCUACAGGAACUCCUGGCACUUGUGUCUGUCAGGACACUGAGGUUGUGAUGACAGAUGUGAAUGGAAAGAUACCUGCCCCAAGGGAAGAACCCUACCAAGAGCCUCAACCACCACGUCCGCCGCCGUUGAAAGAUGCGGCCAUCGAGCAAGUCUCUCCAUCGGGUGCAAACAAUGAGAUCAACACGGAAUCUUACACGAACAACGAGAACGGCGGCUACUACAACAGGCAGGCAGAAAGCGACCAAGAGGAUCACAGCGAAAUCCACAAGAAGAAAAAGACUGUUAGACAAAUUAAACAUCAAGAACAAGAGCAUAGGGAAAAACGGGAUUCUAACGGAAACUCUCCGCUGUCCUCGCUCACAAUGUCGAACCCCCGAAAAAAGAUUUACCAAUUCGUUACCGGUCUGCAGAUUGCCUUUAGUGUGCUUUCUGUAACAAUCCUCUGCUUGACGUUACCUUUGAUGUACAGUAAUGUUCAAUCAACAAUCGAUUAUGUGGAACAAGAAAUGGCAUUUUGUGAGCGUUCGAAUCAAGAAGCCCUAACGGAACUGGAAUAUGGAAAGAUGACUUACAAUCGAACAAGACGUGGUGCAUAUGGUGGGAACUCAUUCCAAUCCAGAUCUUACGGCGAUGAAGUCACCGGCACACCAUUAGAGACGGAAUGCCCCGGGUGCUGCAUUCCUGGUCCACCCGGUCCUCGUGGCCCAUCCGGAAAUCCUGGUACGCCAGGUACUCCGGGAAUGGCCGGCAAACCUGGAAUGCCAGGAAUAACGCCAAACCAGACCUGCCCGAUGAAUCUCGUUCGCGAACCUCCACCAUGUCGACCUUGUCCGAAAGGACCACCAGGUAUUAAAGGUUGGCCUGGAUUCCCCGGAGAUGUCGGCCCGCCUGGCCCUCCUGGAGAGAAAGGAUUAGACGGCGAAGAUGGAGCUACUGGUGAACCUGGAAUCAAGGGACCUCCAGGCUACAAAGGAGGACCCGGAGCCCCUGGAGAUAAAGGACCAACGCCGGAAGGGGAGCCCAGAGAAGGGCCACCCGGUGACGAAGGACCUCCUGGCCCAGUUGGAGCAUCAGGAAUGCCUGGCCUUCCUGGUAGAAACGGGCUUACUGGACCACAAGGAGACAGAGGAUGGGCUGGAGUUCCAGGAGAAAAUGGAGAACCAGGUUACCCUGGACCAGAGGGACCUAUGGGUGGACAGGGUCCACCAGGAGAGCCAGGAGUAUGUAUUUGUCAAAAUGUGGACUCCAUUCUUCUCAUACAUCCUGGAUCACAACCAAGAAUUAGAUCUGACGAGGACGAGCCCGUGGAUUCUCCAGCGAUGCCAAGCAGAGGUGGAUACGGUAGGCGAUAG